AUGCCCAGCCUCUCUCAGGUCGCCAUUGCCGCGCUUCUCGCGACGGCCAGCACUGCCUCUGCCAUCCCCCCGCGCAUUGGCGUUCCCGCUGAGCCCAAGACUGAAGGCACCGCCUCGCUGCUCCAGGUCCGCAACACCAAGCACGUCAAGAGCGGCCCUCGCGCUCUGGCCAAGGCCUACGUCAAGUACGGCAUCCCCAUCAGCCCCGAGCUCGAGGCUGCCGUCAGCAAUGCCACCAGCUCCGCCGUCAAGCGUGCCACUGGCAGCGCCACCACCACUCCCACCGAGUACGACUCGGAGUACCUCACUCCCGUCUCCAUCGGUACCCCGGCGCAGGUCCUGAACCUCGACUUUGACACCGGCUCGUCCGACCUGUGGGUCUUCAGCAGCGAGACCCCCAGCAACGAGGUGUCUGGCCAGAGCAUCUACACCCCGAGCAAGAGCAGCACCUCCAGCAAGCUCUCGGGCGCCACCUGGGAGAUCUCGUACGGUGACGGCUCCUCCUCCAGCGGCGACGUCUACAUCGACAAGGUCACCGUUGGCGGCCUGACCGUCAGCAAGCAGGCCGUCGAGGCGGCCAAGGUUGUCUCUUCCGAGUUCACUCAGGACUCUGACAACGACGGCCUGCUCGGCCUCGCCUUCAGCAGCCUGAACACCGUCUCGCCCAACCAGCAGAAGACCUUCUUCGACAACGCCAAGAGCUCGCUGACCUCCCCUCUGUUCACUGCCGACCUCAAGCACAACGCUGGUUAG